AUGGAGCUUCUGAUUUCCACGCGCGAGUGUGAGCGAAGGCUUCGCCGUCGUAUUUCUGCACAGCCCGGAUUGACUUGCACUCCCCAAAAAGCGAAAAUGUGGCUCUCGCGCGGAUGCGUCAAGGCGGCCACGUCGUCGGCCGCGGCGGCCGGCCGGAGGAGGGAGAGCCACGCGGCGGCGUUCAUGCGGGAGGCUGCGGACUUCCAGGGCGUGCGGGACCGCGCGGGGCUUCAGGAGUUCUCCGUCGCCCACAAGGAGCGCUUCUGGGCGGCCGUGGCGCGCCGCCGGCUCGACUGGAUCAGCCCGUUCCGCGGCGUCCUCGACUGCGACAUGGAGCGGGGCAAGGUGAGCUGGUUCCAGGGAGGACGCCUGAACGUCUCCGCGAAUUGCCUGGACCGCCACGCGCGCAGCAGCCCGGAGAAGGUGGCCCUCAUCUGGGAGAGGGAUGAACCCGGAUCCGAGGUCAAGGUCACUUACAGGCAACUUCUGGAGAUGACCUGCCGCACGGGCAACCUGUUGAGACGGCGUGGCGUGAAGAAGGGCCACUGCGUUACCAUCUACAUGCCACCGUGCCCGCUCGCUGUGGCAUCCAUGCUGGCCUGCGCUCGCGUCGGCGCCGCGCACAACGUGGUGUUCGCGGGCUUCAGCGCGGAGGCCCUCGCCGAGCGAAUCAGAGACGCCCGGUCCAGUACGGUGAUCACCGUCAACGAGAGCGUGAGAGGCGGCAAGGUGACCCGGCUGAAGGCCACGGUGGACGAGGCGGUGCGCAGUUGCCCGACGGUGCGCCAGGUUUUUGUCGCCAUGAGGACGGACGCGCCGGUCGCUAUGACGCCCAAGGACGUCGCCAUGGAAGAGGAGAUGAUGACGGAGGACGCCGUGUGCGAGCCGGCCGCCAUGGACAGCGAGGACGUCCUGUUCCUGCUCUACACGUCGGGCAGCACUGGGAAACCCAAAGGUCUGGUCCACACGCAGGCCGGAUACCUGCUGUAUACCGCACUCACGCACAAGUACGUCUUUGACUACCGUGACGGAGACGUGUUUGGCUGCGUGGCGGACAUCGGUUGGAUCACAGGACACAGUUACGCCGUGUACGGGCCCCUGGCCAACGGGGGCACCACCGUCCUGUUUGAGAGCACACCCAUUUAUCCCGACCCAGGAAGGUACUGGGAGAUGGUGGAGAGGCUGAAAAUCAACCAGUUUUACGGCGCCCCGACGGCCAUCCGCCUGCUGCUCAAGUACGGCGACGAGUGGGUGCGCAAGUACGACCGCUCCAGUCUCAGGACGCUUGGUUCCGUGGGCGAGCCCAUCAACACGGAGGCGUGGGAGUGGUACCACGGCGUGGUGGGAGAGCGACGCUGUCCCGUGGUGGACACCUGGUGGCAAACAGAGACGGGCGGCAUCUGCAUCGCCCCGAGGCCGUCGGAGCCGCACGCAGAGAUUGUCCCGGGGAUGGCCAUGAGACCUUUCUUUGGCAUUAAGCCAGCGCUCAUGGAUGGCCAGGGCGAAGCGGUGACGUCCAACGACGCCUCGGGAGCGCUGUGCCUGGCUCAGCCGUGGCCCGGCAUGGCCCGCAGCAUCCACGGCGACCACCAGAGAUUUGUUGACACCUACUUCAAGACGUACCCCGGUUACUUCUUCACCGGGGACGGCGCCCAUCGCUCCAAGGAGGGCUACUACCAGAUCACGGGGCGCCUCGACGAUGUCAUCAACGUGAGCGGGCACAGGAUUGGCACGGCCGAGAUCGAAGAUGUGGUGAACCAAUGCUCUGCGGUGGCGGAGUCGGCUGUCGUCGGCUGCUCACAUCACAUCAAGGGCCAAGGUGAGCCAGCACACACUUGGCUUUCAAAGUGUCGGUACUGUUCUGGGGCUCUGCGAGUGAGCCCGAGUCCGCUUUGCAGGCGUGUACGCAUUUGUGGUGCUCAAGCAGGACGCCCGAGAAGCGGACCUCAGCUCGCAGAUCGACCACGCCGUGUCCAACAAGAUCGCCAAGUACGCCUGCCCCGACCGUAUCCAGUUUGUGCAGCGCCUGCCAAAGACGCGCUCGGGCAAGAUCAUGCGUCGGGUUCUGCGCAAGGUGGUGGAGCGCGACCUGAGCGGCCUGGGCGACCUCAGCACGCUGGACGACCCCGCCGCCGUGCAGGAGAUCGUCCGAGGCCACCGCGACCUCUGCGGCGAGAGCAGCCAUCGAGAGCAAAAGUGAAGAUUUUGAAGGACUUCUAUUUUUAGUCAAUGGUUUGACUUGCUUUUAUGGAAUCGGUGGAGUCCGACAAACAAACAUUGCAACGGUGAACAAUUCACUUUCGUCUCACCGGAGGCGCUUUUAUUGAUGAUUUGUUUGAAUGGAGCUCAUUUAAUAGUUGCAUAAGAACGGGCCAACCAAGGCCAAACUGAAUGACAAAAAAAAAAAACACUGCUGCACCAACCAACUCUUAACGCAAUUUUUUGGGUGUAAUCCUCUAACUAUGCAACAGACGAACGAACGUUAAAUGGAGUCACUUUGUUCAAAUGUCCGUGGAACAUCGGAGAUAGGAAACGCAAGACAGGAAGUGUGCGCGGAGCGGGCCGCCGAGGCGUGCCUUGGUCACGCGACCGCGUCGUCUCUGACGCUCCCGCUGCGGCCUUUUAUUCGGCUCAGCUCCCAGCGGCCGCCGCCGCACAGUUUCAGCUGGACGUCGUGGUGCUGGCGGGAAACAAACGGAGACCAACGUUAGCGCCAACAGGCCACGUCAUUAGGGACACCCGCACAAUCGGCCCGAGCUCAAAAAUAAACGUCACUAAAUGUUUACAAACAUGCAUCUAACAAUGUCAACAUGAUGGGACACGAUGUUUCAGAGUUUAUUGGAUAUCGCGACUGACGUAAAAUUGGGGAUAUUGGGCUGAACCUUUCUAGAUGAACAAGUUUUCUCAUGCACAUCCGACGCUAUCAUCACGUUGGGGCACUUUUUGCACUACUUUGCGUUUGCGAACAAGGAGCUGCACUCAGAAUCCAAGGAUGUCCACUUACACACCUUUCAGUGACUCUGCCAGUCUCUCGAUCGUGAUUCCAACUAGCCAACCGCUGACACGCACAACCUCUGACCUCAUUUGAGGUUAAUCGGGAAAUUUCACCCAAAGGCCGAAUACCCACGUUUUGUCAGCCAUCGGUAUAAUAACUGUUAACACUUAUUUUUAGACUUCAUUUUUGAAAUUGAAUUAAUACAAACACUAUUACGAAUUCAAUGAUAAUAAUUAAAGGUUAGGCAUUCAAA